CAAAACUUGACUGAACUUAUUUAUAUUAAAGCCUCCUAGUUCUGGUUCUUCCGUUUAAAUUAUACAACUUAUUAGCCUAAAUCUUAAAAGCAAUCCAAAGAUGACAGAUAUCUUCCCAAGCUCACCAGCUGCUUCCGUUGUUAGCACUCGACGAUAUCGUUUUGCAACUGAAGUAGUAACAGUAGACAAUUCAGACGAUCCGCACAAUGCUGCUUCAGUGCCCAUUUAUCAGAGUGCAACCUUUAAACAGAAGGGUGCGACUGCAUCCGGAGAGUAUGAUUAUACCCGUAGUGGUAAUCCUACCCGGACUCAUGUUGAGAAUCAUUUGGCAAAAAUUAUGGGAGCUGAAAGAGCAUUGGUCGUUACAAGUGGUAUGGGGGCCUUAGAUGUUAUUACACGUCUAGUUCGAUCAGGAGAAGAAAUUAUAGCAGGCGAUGAUCUUUACGGUGGCACCAAUCGUCUUCUAAGCUUUUUGGCACAAUCUCAAAAUGUGAAAACCCAUCAUGUCGAUACCACAAAAGCCGAGUCCGUUCUUCCUUAUCUUUCUGACAAGACUCGCUUGGUACUGCUUGAAUCCCCUACAAAUCCUCUUAUUAAAAUUUCAGAUAUACCUACUAUCGCCAAAUAUGUUCAUGAGCGAUGUCCCAACGCUUUAGUGGUGGUAGAUAAUACUAUGAUGUCACCUUACCUACAACGCCCUCUGGAACUGGGAGCAGAUAUAUCUUACCACUCUGGUACAAAAUACCUAUCGGGUCAUCAUGAUUUGAUGGCUGGUGUCAUUGGUGUAAAAGAUACAAGCGUGGGAGAUCAGUUAUACUAUGUAAUCAACGCAACUGGAUGUGGAUUAAGCCCCUUUGACUCAUGGCUUUUAUUGCGUGGUGUUAAAACUUUAGCGGUGCGUAUGGAUAAGCAACAAGCCAGUUGUAUCCGUAUUGCCAAUUAUUUGGAAACACAAGGAUUUAGAGUACAUUUCCCUGGGCUCCUGUCCCAUCCUCAAUAUCAUUUACAUCGAUCUAUAUCAGCAGGUCCAGGAGCUGUACUCAGUUUUGAAACGGGCGACAUUGGAAUUUCAGAAAGAAUUGUAGAGGGAACAAAACUUUGGAGUAUUAGUGUGUCAUUUGGAUGUGUCAAUUCCUUGAUCAGUAUGCCAUGUAGAAUGUCUCACGCAUCUAUUCCAGCCCAUGUACGCGCAGAAAGAGCUCUUCCCGAAGAUUUGAUUCGUCUGUGCGUGGGUAUUGAAGACGUGGAAGAUCUUUUGGAAGAUCUAGAGCAAGCUUUAUUAUCUGCCGGUGCUUUGCCUUAUCCAUCUAAAUAGAUGUCCUGUAAGCGGUUAUGGCUAUCCCCAUUUUUAUUGCUUUAAACAUACCAAUCCAUUUUACAAACAUUUUACACACUUACAGCCCGUAUAAACUUAUAUCAUUUAUAUCGUACAUAAAGAUGCUCCAUGAAUCUGCUUACCAGGACUUAAAUCAUAAUUUGAAAAUAUUGGAUGAAAUAGUUUACAUAAUAAGCAAGAAGUAGCUUUUCGCAAUGAUUAUUUGAGCAUAAAGACAUGUGGUGUUCAUUAGUCACAUUAUUCACAUAGAACAGGCCUGAAGACGCACAGCUUUCCAUCCAUUG